GUCGAAUUUAAAAGCAGUUGGUGGGGUAGGAAACAGUUAACAUCGUCCCGCCCUGGCUUUAUCUGUAACGGCACGUCCGGGUGCUCAAAAGAAGGCGCUAUUCUGGUUGGCAACCUUACAAUUACAAAGCCAAACCAAACGUGACGACGUUGGCGUCUGCGCGGAAAGAAAACAACCAACCAUAGUUUAAGUAUUAAUAUUCAUUUAUUGUAGCAUAAACGCCGGCCACUUCGAGAGGAGUAACAAAAAAAACAAACUCCGUGUUAGCUCCUCCUUGUGGGCGACGAGGCAAAAAAAAGGGGGGGCUAGCUCGGGAAGCUAAUGGUUAGCUUUGCUCGAGGAAGCUGCGCACGACACCUCCACGCGCCAAAUGGCUGCACGCUGGCUCUGCAGUGCUCGUUUUCGAACACCUCGCUAACGUCGCCGAGCUCCACCUGAUGGGAAGGCGGUCCAGUUAAAGAUGUGCGCCAAUGUGUUCGGAGUGUUGAAGAGCCUCUUCGGGAAGCCCUUUGAUGGUGGGAAGAGGAUGGAUCAUGGGGGGCCCCAGCAGCAGCAGCCCGCGGAGCAGCAGCACCCCGCCAUGACACGUCUGUACGAGGUGCGCAAGGAGGUCACCUCCCUGCGGUCUCAGGUGUGCAACUUCAGCGGGCUGCAGCACGACCGCGACUACAAGCGUCUGGAGCGCGAGCUGACCCGCCUGCUGCUGGAGGUGGACCAGGUGGCCACGGAGGGCAAAGCCGAGCUCCAGGGCGAGCGCAAGCGGGCGGCGCAGGAGGUGGAGGGGCUCCUGCGCUACCUGGAAGAGAACGCCACCCACCCGUCCCGCCUGGCCAUGGAGGAACUAAGCGACGAGGCGCGGCGGCUGGUGGACGAGCGCGUGGUGGCGCCGCAGCGCUCGGGCGGCGUGGCGGAAAUGGACGACGAGCUGGUGGAGCUGCUGCAGCAGUUGGUGCUGAGGCUCACGCAGGUGAAGACGGAAGGCCGGGUGCCGCUGCGCAAGGCCCGCUACCGGGCGCUGACGCGGCUUUGCGCCGUGCAGGAGGUGAUGGAGGGGCGCACCCAGCGGCAGACCCUCUCGCUGCCGCUCUCGGGCGAGACCCACGCCGCCGUGGACUGCAUCAAUCAGGUGAUGGCCAAGGUGAGCGUGGCGCGCGGCCAGCUGGUGGCGCUGCUGAUGGGCCUGAGCGGCCGGGACAGCUGCGCUCACCUCUCGCGCCUCCUGAUGGAGAUGCAGGUGGAGCUGGACGCCCUGGACGUGUCCGGGCACGCCGCCAUCAGGAACUACCGCAAACAAGUGGUGGAGGAGAUCAACGGCCUGCUGAAGCACUUGGACCUGGAGGGAGAGGGAGAAGACACGCGCAGGUACGACCUGGCUCAGAACAACUCCAUCCGCGAGAUCGAGGCGGUGCGCGCUCACGUGGGGCACCUGCGCGAGGGCGUCCUGCGCCACUGCAUGAUGGGCGAGCUGGGCUUCAGGCCCAAAGCCGAGCUGCAGAGCCUCCUCACGCACCUGGACCAGGUGGACACGGCCAAGAACCCCUGCAUCCGCGAGGCCCGCCGCCGAGCCGUGGUGGAGGUCCAGGCCGUGGUCACCUUCCUGGACCUGCGCGAGACCCUGCUGUCCCGCCAGCCGGGCCCCGGCGAGCACCCGGCGAACCGGGCCGUGUGGCUGGUCCUCGGCAGCCUGUCGGACCUCCAGGCCCAGGUGCUGGGCUUCGACGGCAAGCGCGCCGACAAGAGCUACAUGGUGCUGGAGGAGCUGCUCACCAAGCAGCUGCUGGCGCUCGACGCCGUGGACCCGCAGGGCGACGAGGGCACCAAAGUGGCGCGCAAGCAUGCGGUCAAGAUCGCCCAGAACAUUCUCAACUAUCUGGACAUGAAGACGGACGAAUGGGAGUACUGACCCACGGGACUCCGACUCCCAGAAUGCACUGCGACACUGCUUUAUCUUCCCCUUGUCCAACCCGCUGACUUUGAAACACUGUGCGUUUUGUAGGUUGUGUGUGUUUGUCGUCAUCGUGGAAAAGUGUGUGUGUGUGUGUGUGUGUGUGUGUGUAUAUAAAUAUAUAUAUAUACACACAUAUAUGUAUACGUAUAUGUAUGUAUGUAUAUAUAAGUAUA